AAAAAAUUAUUGUUUUUUCAUGUCUGCAUAUAAAUUAUUGAAAUCUCCACUUCCGUUCCACCCCCCGUUAUCACCACCUUCACUUUAAACUCACCGCCGGUUUCAUAGCUUUUAUAUACUACCCCUAAGCACUCUCUUCUUAACAAAAGCUUUAUCAGAUUCCGACUCCAAUAUUUGGUAUUCAGUCAGCAGAAUCAGGAAAUGGUUAAAAGGUAUGGAGUGUAUUGAUGUGAAGAGAAUACCAUGUUGCAGUGCAUAGACGGAUUGAAGCAUUUAUUUGCUUCAGUGCUGCAAUGCUGUGAUAUUGAUUUGUACAAGCAAUCAAGAGGUCUUGUUGAUCCUGAACUUCUUGCAAGAGAGACCGUUUUUAGUGUUAGUGAAAUAGAAGCACUUUAUGAGCUUUUCAAGAAGAUAAGCAGUGCUGUUAUAGAUGAUGGGCUGAUCAACAAGGAGGAGUUCCAAUUGGCGUUAUUCAAAACAAACAAAAAGGAGAGUUUGUUUGCUGAUCGGGUAUUUGACUUGUUUGAUACAAAGCAUAAUGGAAUUCUAGGUUUCGAAGAAUUUGCUCGUGCUCUCUCUGUCUUCCAUCCAAAUGCGCCCAUUGACGAUAAGAUUGAUUUCUCUUUUCAACUAUACGAUCUCAAGCAGCAAGGUUUUAUUGAGAGGCAGGAGGUGAAGCAAAUGGUAGUGGCUACCCUAGCUGAAUCUGGCAUGAACCUUUCAGAUGAUGUUAUAGAAAGUAUAAUUGACAAGACCUUUGAGGAAGCUGAUACAAAACAUGACGGGAGGAUCGACAAGGAAGAGUGGAGAAGCCUUGUUUUGCGACAUCCAUCCCUUCUGAAAAAUAUGACCCUGCAAUACCUUAAGGACAUCACCACAACGUUCCCAAGCUUUGUUUUCCACUCUCAAGUUGAUGAUACCUGAGAUCAGCAAUUCGAUUCAAGCUUCCAUAGACCGGCUUGUUUCAUUCUAGACAGUAUGGUGGUUUCAAAUAUGAAUGCCCCAAGAGUGAGUGUAUGUGAUAUUCUGGUUUAUUGGUUAAAAACAAUUCCUAGUGUGGGUCUAAAUUCAACAGUUGAACAAUCGUCAUCUUCUUUUUCUUCUUCUUGUCAGUGUUAUUGGAUAAUUGGUACUUCCAGACGUGCUGAAAUAUUUAGGUUGUAUUUUUCACUAUGGUAUUGCAAUGUAAAAAGUGAUGCUCCCUUUGGUUUUUUAUUUUUAAA